UCUGUCCCUCUCUCUCCCGCCGCCAUGACCGCGAGCUAUGAUCGCGCCAUCACCGUCUUCUCCCCCGACGGCCAUCUCUUCCAAGUGGAAUACGCUCAGGAGGCCGUGAAGAAAGGCUCCACAGCGGUUGGUGUUAGAGGAAAAGAGAUUGUGGUCAUUGGAGUGGAAAAAAAAUCUGUAGCUAAAUUACAAGAUGAAAGAACCGUAAGGAAAAUCUGUGCACUAGAUGACAAUGUUUGCAUGGCUUUUGCAGGACUUACAGCUGAUGCAAGAAUUGUGAUAAAUAGAGCCCGUGUGGAGUGUCAGAGCCAUAGGCUGACUGUGGAGGACCCAGUCACAGUGGAAUACAUCACCCGCUAUAUUGCCAGCUUGAAACAGCGUUACACUCAAAGUAAUGGACGAAGACCAUUUGGGAUUUCUGCACUAAUCAUUGGUUUCGACUAUGAUGGAACUGCAAGACUGUACCAAACAGACCCAUCAGGCACUUAUCACGAGUGGAAGGCUAAUGCCACAGGAAGAAGUGCAAAAACAGUGAGAGAAUUCUUGGAGAAAAACUACAGUGAAGCCUGUUCAGACAGCGAUGCUAUAAAGCUAGCCAUCAAGGCUUUGCUGGAGGUUGUACAGUCUGGCGGUAAAAACAUUGAACUAGCAGUGAUGAAGUAUGAAGAACGGCUCAGGAUUUUAGAUCCUGAGGAAAUUGAGGAUUACAUUGUUGAAAUUGAAAAAGAAAAGGAAGAAGCUGAGAAAAAGCUAAAGAAGACAUAAAGCACUCAUUGGCACAAAAGACAUCAAAAGUGCUAAACAUUAAAAAGCAUUCCAUAUUACUCCAAUCUCCCAGUUUAAUAAACCGGAUUUUUACACAGU